UGGUUGGUGUACGUGGCACUCUUAUAGCGUCUUGUUUGGUGAGCCUAGAAAUUAGAAGAAAUCUCCGUUUCACAUUGUCAUUGUCAUUGUCAUUGUCAAUGGCUGCUCCUCUUACGGUCGUAAGAACUCCCACUUUCACUCACCAACGCAUUCUUACCAAACCCUUCACUGCUUCCUCUUCCUUUUACCCCCUCAGUUUCGCAAAGAUGGAAGGAAGUGAGGUCCCUGAGCAAGUAGCAGAGAAAUCUGGAGAGGAAUUGGGUGUGAAGAAGAAGAUAUUUGUUGCUGGAGCCACUGGUAGCACCGGAAAAAGAAUCGUUGAGCAGUUACUGGCAAAGGGUUUUGCUGUUAAGGCUGGGGUUAGAGACUUGGACAAGGCAAAGACAACCCUUUCCUCUGCCAACCCAUCUCUCCAAAUUGUGAAAGCUGAUGUCACUGAGGGUUCUGACAAGCUAGCUCAAGCCAUUGGUGAUGAUUCAGAAGCAGUAGUAUGCGCCACAGGCUUUCGCCCAGGGUGGGAUUUGCUUGCUCCAUGGAAGGUUGACAAUUUUGGCACGGUAAACCUUGUUGAAGCAUGCAGGAAACGUAAUGUUAACAGAUUCAUUCUGAUCAGUUCAAUUUUAGUUAAUGGAGCAGCUAUGGGACAGCUACUAAAUCCAGCUUACAUCUUUCUCAAUGUUUUUGGACUCACCUUGGUAGCAAAACUACAGGCAGAGAAUCAUAUCAGAAAAUCCGGUAUAAAUUACACAAUAAUAAGACCUGGCGGGUUGAGAAACGAUCCUCCUAUUGGAAAUGUUGUAAUGGAGCCAGAGGACACCCUUUCGGAAGGAACCAUAUCCAGAGAUCAAGUUGCAGAAGUCGCUGUUGAGGCAUUGGCAUAUCCUGAGGCAUCUUAUAAAGUUGUGGAGAUUGUCUCGCGUCCUGAUGCUCUGAAACGCUCAUACCGUGAUCUUUUUGGUUCCAUAAGGCAACGAUGAUUUGAGUUUAGGACUUGUUUGCGGAUUACUGAAUUAGCUUCCCUAUUUAUUUCUCAUUACAAAUGUGUAUUACUUAAUUGUCUUCCCGUGUGUGCUACUUCAUUCAGUUGGUAUGCUAGAGUAAUGUGUAAAUAUUUCGACAUCUAUUUUGUUAUCCUUUCUGUUCUCUUCUCUCUUCCAUUAAAAGUUAGUAAAGAAUACAUUAUUCUAGAAGUUGAAGCUACUUCUGUUUGGCUACUUUCAUUUUUUGGUUGAUUCCACUAUAAGAAAGCCAUUAUAUAGUUAACAG